AUGAAUAGCCGCAUGGACUUCACAGACCGUGCCCAAAAGGCUGUGGAAGAUGCCAUGGCCUUGGCCGAACAAUACGGCCAUUCUCAGCUUGUGCCCAACGGUCCCCCACCCACCAGCACACUAUUCCGACAAGUGGUUGAGCGAGCACAUGGUGACCCUCAACUCUUUGAUCGAGCCCUCAAGAAAACCCUCGUCCGACUCCCCAGCCAAGAUCCUCCACCCGAGCAUGUCUCUUUGGCACCCCAGUUCCACAAUGUGCUGAGAAAGGCUAUGGACCUGCAAAAGGUGCAGAAGGAUACUUACAUUGGCGUGGAUCACCUCAUCACUGCGCUUUCAGAGGAGGCAACUAUUCAAGCACCCCUCAAGGAAGCCAACGUUCCCAAGGGUAAGCUCAUCCAAGAGGCAGUACAGGCUAUCCGAGGAACCAAGAGAGUCGACAGCAAGACGGCCGAUACAGAGGAGGAGAAUGAAAACCUGGCCAAGUUCACCAUUGACAUGACUGAGAUGGCCCGCGAGAAGAAGAUGGACCCCGUCAUCGGCCGAGAAGAAGAGAUUCGAAGAGUUGUACGAAUCUUGUCCCGACGAACCAAGAAUAACCCCGUCCUCAUCGGUGAGCCUGGUGUAGGAAAGACCACCGUCAUCGAAGGAUUGGCUCAGAGAGUCGUCAACCGCGAUGUUCCUGACAACUUAAAGUCGUGCAAGCUUCUCUCACUUGAUGUGGGUGCCCUUGUCGCAGGCAGCAAAUACCGAGGAGAGUUUGAGGAAAGAAUGAAGGGUGUGCUGAAGGAGAUCACUGAGUCCAAGGAUGUGAUCAUCUUGUUCGUCGAUGAAAUCCACCUUCUCAUGGGCGCUGGUUCGUCUGGUGAGGGUGGUAUGGACGCUGCCAACCUUCUCAAGCCAAUGCUUGCCCGUGGCCAGCUACACUGUAUCGGUGCCACUACUCUUGCCGAAUACCGCAAGUACGUUGAGAAGGAUGCCGCCUUUGAGCGUCGAUUCCAACAGGUCAUCGUUAAGGAGCCCAGCAUUACUGAAACUGUUUCCAUUCUUCGAGGUCUCAAAGAGCGAUAUGACCGUCACCACCGUGUUACCAUCCUCGACAGCGCCCUUGUAGCCUCCGCCAACCUGGCUGCUCGCUACCUCACGUCUCGACGACUGCCCGAUUCGGCUAUUGAUCUUGUCGACGAAGCUGCUGCCGCUGUUCGAGUUGCUCGUGAAUCCCAGCCUGAGAUCAUCGAUUCUCUCGAGCGUAAGCUUAGACAACUUAUGAUCGAGAUCGCGGCUCUCGAGAAAGAAAAGGACGAAGCAUCCCAGACCCGUCUCGUGCAAGCUCGCAAGGAUGCCAAGAACGUCGAAGAAGAGUUGCAGCCACUUCGCGAAAAGUACCAGAGUGAAAUCAAGCGCAGUGAGGAGAUUCACCAAGCCAAGCUGAAGCUUGAUGACCUCGAGAAGCGCCUUGAGGAUGCAAUGAACAACUCUGAGCACGCCAAGGCUGCUGAUCUCAAGUACGGUGCCAUCCCCGAACAGGAGGCUAUGAUCAAAGAGCUCGAGGCUCGCAAGGCUGCGGCUGAUGCUGCUCUCAAUGCCAACGCCACUACCGAUGCUGGUGGUGCUAUGGUCACAGAUAUUGUCACUGCAGACAACAUCAACGAGAUUGUUUCACGAUGGACCGGUAUUCCGGUUACCCGUCUGCGCACUUCGGAGAAGGAGAAGCUCAUCCACAUGGAAAAGGUGCUUGGCAAGGUUGUUGUUGGUCAGAAGGAAGCUGUGGGGUCUGUUGCCAACGCCAUUCGACUCCAGCGCUCUGGCCUUAGCAACCCCAACCAGCCACCUAGCUUCUUGUUCUGUGGUCCUUCGGGUACCGGAAAGACCCUUCUCACCAAGGCUUUGGCCGAAUUUCUAUUCGACGACGCCAAGGCGAUGAUUCGUUUCGAUAUGUCAGAGUACCAGGAGCGACACGCACUCAGUCGUAUGAUUGGUGCCCCUCCUGGAUAUGUCGGCCAUGAUGCUGGUGGUCAGUUGACUGAGGCUCUCCGCCGCAAGCCGUUUUCGAUCUUACUCUUCGAUGAGGUUGAAAAGGCUGCCAAGGAAGUUCUCACUGUCCUUCUCCAGCUUAUGGAUGACGGUCGCAUCACUGACGGCCAAGGCAGAGUCGUUGACGCCAAGAACUGUAUUGUGGUCAUGACCUCUAACCUCGGUGCAGAAUACCUUGUCAGACCAGGCGUCAAGGAGGGUCGUGUCGAUUCUGGCACUCGAGAGUUGGUCAUGAACGCCCUUCGCAACUACUUCCUGCCUGAGUUCCUCAACCGUAUUAACUCAGUCGUUAUCUUCAACCGUCUUACGCGCAGGGAGAUUCGUAAGAUCGUUGACAUCCGUCUUAUUGAAAUUCAGAAACGACUCGAGGACAACGGCCGCAAGGUACAUAUCGACGUUUCAGAUGAAGCAAAGGACUAUCUUGGCAACAGUGGCUACUCGCCAGCUUACGGAGCCAGACCUCUCUCUCGUCUCAUUGAGAAGGAGGUGCUCAACCGUCUUGCCAUCCUCAUCCUACGCAACAACAUCCGCGAUGGCGAAUACGCACGUGUUGAACUUAUUGAUGGCAAGAUUGUUGUGCUUUCCAACCACCCCGACAGCGAGCUUGGUGAGGAUGAAGACAUGGUAGAUGAGGAAGAUGCAGUUGAUGAGUUGGUGGAUGAUAUGGAUCAGGAUAUUUACGACUAA